GAAGAAAGAAGAGAGAGGUAUGAGAGGAUUCCGCCAUGGGAACAGGGAAGAAGAAGAAGAAGACGACGAAGAACCCUAACACAACCCUGUUCGGUAUGGAAAUUUACUUCACCAAUCCCAUCUCUUUCAAACUCCGUAGAAAAUCAUCACUUAUCUCCAAUCUUAAAUCUUCCAUUUCCACCAAGCUUCUUGAUUUUUACGCUGAAUUCGCCGAUGAAAUUCUCGCUGAAUAUAUUACGGUGAUGAUUUGUAAUGGAAAGGAUCAGUUUCAAGCUAGGGAUGAUUUAGAGCCGUUUCUCGGUAAUCGGAGUGCUGAAUUCGUAAGCUGGUUAUGGGAUCAUCUCUUGAAUUGCCAUCGUAAAUGUGAAGAUGAUAUUCAUUUAAGGGUUUCAAAAGAUGUUUAUUUCACCAGUCCUGAAAGAAGUGAUAGAGAAAGAGAUUCAAGAAGUAGCAGGAAACUUCGCAAGAUUAGUAGACAUGAAAUGAUUUCGAGAGAAAUUGAGGAAGAUGAAAAGAUUAAUGGUGUCUCAGCUAAUACAAAUGAAGGUGUUGUAUACGUGAAGAAGCCUGAGCAGGUUCUUGAUCAUAAUCAGCCUGUACCUAUUUCAAUUAUAUAUCCACAAUCUUCUGGAUCAGAUCGUCCUUUUUCCAAACAGCCUGGUUUCUGUAAUGAUUUGGGGAGAAGUACUACCGUAGGCACUGCAAUACCAUAUUCCAUGCAUUUUGAAAUUCCUCGGGUUAGUGUCUGGGAUAGACUAGGCAGGCCAUGUGACGAUGUACCUGCAAAGGACAAGAGUAUUGAUCAGGAUGCUGUUGGUCAUCACGACCAAGACGAGGAUGUGCACAAUCAGCGUGCAUCAAUAGCUUCCCGGCUUAGUUAUAGGGCCUCUAGUAUUGAUGGAAGGUCUGAAAGUUACAAUUGCCUUGAUGAGAGUGAGAAUCCAGAAGAUGGUGUCAUGAGAACAUCUGAGCCUCAUACUUUAGAUGAUAUCAGACAAAAAAGGCUUUUUAGCGAACAUAGCAGUGGCCCUAGCAUCGGUUCUGUUCCUUCGAAAGAUAAGAGCCAGAUAGAGCCAAAAGUUGAAGAAAUUUCAGUGGAGUUCAAGAAAUCAAAUGUGGUCAGCAAAGAUUCAACUAUCACUCCAAUUGUGGUCUCUAAAAUGCUUGGUGUGAAACGGAAACUGAACCAAAUAGAGAUGGAGAUGGCAAAGCUUCGGCUAAAGCAAGCAGAGUUGGGGUUGGAUGGGAAAAUUUCUCAAUUGUCAAAUCCUACAGGUGACUUAAAGCAUCCAGUGGAAGAUAUUGAUUCGAGAACUAUAUUCGUGACAAAUGUUCAUUUUGCUGCAACUAAGGAAGCUUUGUCAUCCUACUUUGCCAAGUGCGGUGCCAUUGACAAUGUGAUAAUAUCGAUCGAUCCAGUAACCGCUAAACCAAAAGGGUCUGCUUAUAUUACAUUUGCUAGCAAAGAGUCUGUUGACAAAGCAGUGGCGCUCGGUGGAACGACAUUUCUCUCAAGGACAAUUCAGGUGUUAAGAAUGACAGACACAACAUUAGGACCAAUCCAUCCCGGGAAGUCUUCAAAAGUUUCGACGCUGUUACCUAACGGCAACAGUGUGACUGUCCCUGUCCAAGUCCCCACCAAACCAUAUUAUUCGAGCCAUCAUCUACAAUGGCGAAGAGAGAAUAAUACUUAACUAUACAGAUGACAAUAAAACAUUUAGAUUUGAUUUUGUUAACCAUACUCUGCAGCAUUACCAUUUGGAUUAGUUUGAUUUGUUAAGUUUAGCUUGAUGCAUAUGUAGAAUUAUCAUGGUUUGUAAAUACCUUGAUCUAGAGAGAAUCAUAAAAAAUCUUAUUGUUCAUGCUUAAAUUUUGAUUUGUGUAUAUAAUAAGCAUGGAAUGAAAAGGGGUUUGUUUUGUUUAACACUAAUCAAAUCUCUCUACUUCAGUUUGAUAAAGUAAAUAAAUAUUAGUUGUUGGCUUUGUAUACACAAAA